CGACCGCUCACUCCAUGGUAGAAGCAUUCCUCAAAGCUCUUAGGUUAUUGACAUCAAUAAAGGUACUUUGUGCCUUCUCACGUUUACUGUCCCUGACACGAUAUCAUCUACCACCUCUCCGUGCACUUUCGCCACGCCGUCGCGAUGUUCAUCAAUAAACUCACGCUUGCGGCUGUCUUAGCCGCCUCCUUCGCCGCAGCAGACUUCCAUUUGAUGACGGAGUUAAACGUGUAUAUCACUUGUCCAUCGGACGAUUACCACUCAGAUUGCUGGUGUUAUGGUAAGAAUCGUGGCGAAAUGGCAGGCAUCGGCAACGCACCUAGCUAUACUGUACACAUGCAGGACGUCUGCGGAUAUGGCGACAUCUAUAUGCCAUGGAAUCAAGAGUCAAACGAGUUGACUAUUUAUGAUGCCGGUAACAAUUAUAUUGGAUAUUGCUAUUAUAACUACUUUUAUGUUGAUAAUUGCGUCCUUCCUGGCCUUGGAGGCCAAUGGGCCGUUUUUGAUGCGUACACGUGUAUCACAUUUCUCUGUGACGGCGUUACAGGCAAGCGGGAUGUGCAAAAUAACACUGUUACUAUUAAGAUGCCUCGAGAAGUGGAAGUGGAAGAGAGAGAUGGAGCUUCCGGCACUCCACCUACCAUGAAUACUACUUCGAACGGUCUUCCUCAAGCGGUCUCCGUUUCCGAGGAGUGAGUAGUGUGGCUUGCCCCAUGGAAGACAUAGAUAGACAACACUUGAGAGAUCUAUUGACUAGGGGACAUGAAAACAGGGUGCCCAGUUGCUACCAGGUGUCGCCACCUGGCAACAGGAUUGAUCAGCUAGUAUAUUAAACCCUCCACUAGCUACAAACCUUCUAGCUUAGCAAGACAAUCA